AUGGCGGAUCCGGAGCCACCACUCCGGUUGCUUUCGCUCGAUGGCGGUGGCAUCAAGGGGCUCUCGAGCCUUUAUAUCCUCAGAGAUCUGCUGGUGACCGUCCAGAAGCUUGACAAUAGGGAGACAGUGCCUGCUGGAGAGACUGCUUCUCCCCGACCAUGCGAUUACUUUGACAUGAUUGCUGGCACGUCAACUGGAGGACUCAUUGCUGUCAUGUUAGGAGUCCUCCGAAUGGACAUAGAGACUUGCAUAAAUGCAUAUCUGAGUAUGGCUCCAGAGAUAUUUCCCAUUGAAUCGAAUGGUAGCGAAAAGCAUAUUUGGGCAAGGCCAAAAUGUAUGUACUUUCCGGACCCUUCCCCUUGUUGCUAUUAUGCUUCCUUAUCCGUCACUUGGCCUAAAUUUGUGCCCCUUUUGAACCCUAUUGACCACAGAGACAGUGGCCUGAGAGGCGACCAACGCUUCGAUCCAGCACCUUUUGAAGCCGCUAUCAAAGGUCUUGUGAGAGGGAAUCUUGGAAAUAAUGCAACGGGGAAUGAGACGAUGCGAUCUCAAUCUAGUCAGGGGUGCAGAGUUUUUGUUUGCGUGGUUUCCGAAGAACCCCGCCGUCCAUUCCGAUUCCGAAAUUACGAAAGCCCCAGGGUUGUAUCUGAAGAUAUGACAAUCUGGGAGGCCUGCCUCGCUACAUCCGCAGCACCCAGUUAUUUUCCACCAGUCUCAAUCGGCAAUCCUCCUCGAACAUUUGUGGAUGGCGGUCUAGGAUACAACAACCCCACGCAGGCACUUCACGAGGAGGCGAUGCAAAUUUGGCCCUCGAGGAGUGUAGGUUGCAUUGUCAGUAUCGGAACGGGGGUGAUGGGUUCUCACGAUGUUGGGAGAACGAUCAAACCUUUGUUCGAGACACUCCAGGCGAUGGCCAGUGACACUGAGGACGUGGCUCAAGAGGUCAAAGAGGAAAUGGAACACCGAUAUCCGGACCAGGACAUCUAUUUUCGCUUCAAUGUACAGCAGGGCCUGCAGACUGUGGGUCUAGAGGAGUGGAAGGAAAUGGGAAGGGUUCAGACGGCCACUGAAGCUUAUCUUCAAUCCAAUCGGAAGCAGGUGAUGGCUUGCGCUUCUCAGAUCCUUUCUCCAACUCAUGCUAUGUCAUUAAAACCUGUUCGAGGGAGUGUGAGGACUUUUUCGACCGUUCCAUUCUCGAAAGAUCCUGGCUUUGUUGGUCGCGAGGACAUCCUGGCACAGCUUGAGUCCGAAUUUGCGGACCCAAUAUCACAAAGUUGGGCGUCGCUGUAUGGUCUCGGUGGCAUAGGAAAAUCGCAAAUUGCCAUCGAAUACUCAUAUCGACAAAAAGAGCGGUUGCCUGAGAUCUCGACUUUCUGGGUCCAUGUGAGCGACAAGGCGAGGUUCGAACAGUCAUAUACAGAAAUCGCCACGACAGUAGAGAUUCCUGGGACUGGAGACGGCAAGGUCGACAUUCUCCAGUUGGUGUCCAAAUGGCUCGCAAAUCCGGACAAUGGUCGAUGGCUGUUGAUCCUCGACAAUGCGGACGACGCUACCGUGUUAUUGCACCUACCAGAACGAGAUCCUGAGACUGGCGCAACGUCUGUGCAGCGCCGCUUGCUGGAUUUCUUGCCGCGAGUGCAACACGGGGCUGUGCUCAUCACGACUCGCGAUCGCACUUGUGCGCUAGACCUGAAUGGACAGAACGGCACGCCCCUAGAAGUGCGACCGAUGAGUACAAAUGAAGCUGUCGGCCUGCUUCGGAACAGAUUGCCAGAUGCCACUGAAGAGGAAGCUUCUGAACUUGUGGCAGAGUUGGAGAGGGUGCCUCUCGCCAUCUCCCAGGCUAGUGCGUACAUCAAAGCGGUUGUCCAGGUUUCAAUAUCCAUAUACCUCAAUAAAUUCCGUCGCAGUAAUGAGGACCAAGCCACUCUGCUUAACAAGGGCAAAGGGGACUUGAGGCGAGAUCCAGCGGUACCAAAUGCAGUGAUAACAUCCUGGGAGUUAUCCUUCCGCCAGAUCCGUGAAAAGACCCCAGGCUCAGCUAAUUUGUUAUCGCUUAUGUCGUAUAUCAAUCGGCAAGGUAUCCCACAGUUUCUGCUACAAGGAGAUGAUGACGAUGUUUCUUUCUGCGAGAAAAUUGAUCCUCUCAUUAGCUUCUCUCUGAUCCGUGCAGAAACCAGAGAGAAUGUAUUCGAGAUGCACAGACUUGUGCAGACAGCAAUGCGGCAUUGGCUUCGUAGCGAAGGUUGUGAUCAAUUAUGGAAAGAGAGUGCGAUUGUGCGGGUGGCGCAUCAAUUUCCAGCACGAGAACAAGAGCAACAUUGGCCGAUCUGCGAUGCCCUAAUGUCUCACGCGGACGAGGUGAUACUUCACAUGGCUAGCUCCAAAGAAUCUCGAUUAAGUCGCGCGAUUAUACUGGUACACACGGCCUUGUAUCUAGUCGAAAGGAAAGGGCAUGCCGGACUUGCGGAACAAAGAUCGACAGAUGCGCUUCAAAUUCUGCGAGAAUACUUUGAUGACGACUCAGACGAUAUCCUCAAUACCAUGAGCAUAUUGGCUUACGCUCAAAGUGUAACUUCUCAAAACGGAAGAGGCGAGAGAUCUCCAGGAGUUCUUAUUGAGGCAAAGACGGGAGAAGUAUGGGUCGGAGGACCAAAGGACUUUACUCUCCAUGCAUAA